GACUGCUGCAGUUCGUUUUGUUUUGGUUCUGCGGGCGGAUGCGAGUCCAAAGUGCAGUCGAGUUUUUCGCGAAAAUCGCUGUGCCCCAGGAUGAGUGUGGUCCAGUCGAAUAUCUCGACGACGAUCCGGAGUUUCAACAUAUCGGACGACAUACGAAUCGAGGUGAAAAAGUUCCGUACCGAUGCCGGAAUCGACGAGAUUGAUAUCGAGGAGGACGAGGAUGACAUCUCCGUCAUCCAGAAAAUAGCUAAAACUUUUGCCGAUCCCAACGAAACCGAGUUCGACCCGGAAACCCUCAAAUCCAUCAUAGCCCGGCUGGAUGGCAUCGAAAAGAAUCUGGAAAAUAUCAUCUACAUGAAUGCCCAAUCGGAUAGCAUUAGCGCCGUCCAGAUGAACGGUCUUCUGAACAGGCAAUUUAUAACGGCGGCCCCGGGUACGCUGACGACGGCCAUGGCAAGUCAAUCCCCGCCGGUGGAACCGAUGCAGGUGCAGCAGCACGACGAGAUGGUCGAGUUCGAACCGAACCGCAUCGAAAUCGAUUCCGACGAUAACGAUCUGAUCGGGGAGUUUAUCGAGCAGGACGAGCUGAAGUUGGUGGAAUUUCCGAUCAACCGGGUGGACGAUCUGCGGGAGUUGGAGGAAUCGAUCACGACCGAUCAGGAGUCGUUCGUGUCUUUUGUCAACUUCUUAAGUGCAACCAUUCAGAAGCACAGCCGUAACCUAGAGCCGAUUUUGAGGGAUUUCGUUACGGAGAGUCUGAUCAAUGAGCUCGGAUUCUGCGAUGCUGAGAUAAAUAUGAUGUCAUUCUACAUUUUCAACCAGCUGCUUUAUGAUGUUUGGAAAACGGAAUAUUCUACUGUCAAUGACUACCGGAAUCAACUGAGGAAAAUUGCAUGUAAGAUACAGAACCGCAAUCGUGCAACAAGAGGAAGACACCGAUGAAAUAAUUGUGAAUCAUGAUUAAAACACAAGCAGAGCAAUUAGUGGGUAUUCGGUUGAAAAUAAAACGAACAUAUAAUCCAAAA